AUGGACCCGGCGACUUACAAUGAAGACGCGUAUCGCUCUGAGCUUUUACAGAAGAUGCGCAUGAAUGAGACAAUUGUGUACCAGGCAAUCUUUACGCCGGAGAAUAUUUCAAACGAAGAAACGGUGCUAGUGGCUGCAACGAGCUCGGGGUUGAUCCACGUGUACAGCCUCAGUCACGUCAUGACUGCUGAAUACUGGGAUCAAGUAAAGCGUGGCGAAUCGACCGCCUCACCAGGACCAAAUCUAUCGUUCCAAGCUCACCAGGCGCAGAUUCACUCCCUUUGUUUUGCUGGUGAUGCAAUAACCCCAUUAUUGAUCAGUGGAGGAGACCAGGACUUUCGGGUGUGGCGAUGGAAAGAUAUUCUAUUGGCUAUGGAAGAUCCCGCAACUGCCAAGAACUUAGCGGCGGUGCAUGUUGGUCACUUGAAGCGGCAAUCGUUAGGGUUCAGGGGGACUUUGCUGCCAGCUAUGGAGGUCAAUGAUGUAGUGGUGAGCAAGAGUUCCGGACAUUUAUUCUUGGCAGGUGGAGAUAGUGUGGCGCACGAAUGGGAUAUCGAUGCGCAACAGUUCACGCGGCUAUUUGAAGGUCACAAGGAUUAUUUGCAUGCUGUGCGAUAUCUGGAUCAAUCUCAGGAGCUUGUGACGAGCUCUGAAGAUGGCACGCUUGGCAUAUGGGAUGUCCGUCAUGCUGGAAACAUCGAAUUCCUGCGUCCUCGACAAGCCCCGCCGUCAUCGACGCUGGUCUCGUCACCGCUGCCGUCUUUGUGGAUUGGUGCUGUUGCUCACGAUGAUUCUGAAACGUGGCUCGCAUGUGGCGGGGGUACGAAACGUCCUACCGGUGGUCGAUCUCGUAAAGCGCAAGACACUGGAGGCUUCUUAAGCAUGUGGCAUUUGCCCUCUCGAGUGCCCGUCCACUACACUGCAACGACGUGCGAUGUGCAUGACGUCGUCUGUCAUCACAUGGAGCUGCUGAGUGUGGGGAAUGAUGCUAGUCUGAAAAAGUGGAAUCGCAGCUCUGGGCAACUGCUGUCGGCUGCCAGAUCGACGGUGUUGUCCAGCCACUUUUGUGCAGUCAACCACGCUACGGACGUCGUUGCAGUGGGCGGUGCUGCACCUGCUAUUGAUAUCUACACGAUGCCUGGCGUCGUCAGUUUUUCGCUGGUUGUCGAAAGCAAGUCGACUGCUUGA